GCUCUCACUACUACUGUUGCGCUCAUCAUCAACAUAUUCUCUACGAACAUUUUUUUUACUUGUUACGUUGAUUUUGUGGCAUUAAAAUUAAAAUAUAGCAUAAACUAAUGCAGUGAGAACAUGUGUUGAGCGUAGCCCACCUAGUUGUCGCUAAAUUGAAAUCAUUCCAGCCAAUAAAAAGCCACCAGUGUGUCGUGUCCCCUUGUGUUGAAAUUUUUUGUCGCGUUGUAAAAUUUCGCAUUGGAAGUUGGUCGACGCGGAGGCGGAGGGCAGAUUAGUAACACGGGUGAAGAGCGAAGAAGAUCGAGCGAGCGAGUGAGUAACCAGAGUGUGCUGCCCAUUAUAGCAGAAGAGCAAAGAGAGCGAAACAAAAGUAUAACGGAAUAGCGGCCGGCUGUUUCUUGUGUAUGCAUGGACAUAUGUCUGUACUGUUGUGUGAGUCGCGUGAAGAUCUGCAUAUAAAAACUGUUUUGUAUUGUUGCUGUCGCGGCCGCAGCCUCCUCGCCGACACGCCCAAACGGCCGCCCACACAGUCCAGCAGACAAUAACGCGUACAUAAACGCGUAGGCCGGCAAAAGCAGCAAAAACAGCAAAAGCAAAGAAACAACAACAAACAACAUCAAAAGAGAGCGCCUGCCAGCGUCAGCAGAAAGUGCAGCGGGGUCCAACAGAGCAGGCAAGCUGCUGCAAAAAGCUCCAAAAGUGAUUCAACGUUUUUGCCUCCACAAUGAAUUCCGAGCAUGGAUUCAAUCCAGCCUUCAAUAUGGCCACCAUACGGCAGGCAUUUACAGAGGCGGUUGAGAGAGUCAGAAUGCCCACGCCCACACGCCUGCGCGAUCUCAUCCGACAGAUUCGCGCCGCCCGCACUGCGGCCGAGGAGCGUGCCGUUGUCAACAAAGAGUGCGCCUACAUACGGAGCACAUUCCGGGAAGAGGACUCUGUCUGGCGCUGUCGCAACAUUGCCAAGCUGCUGUACAUACACAUGCUCGGCUAUCCGGCUCACUUUGGACAACUGGAGUGCCUUAAGCUGACGGCCAGCACGCGAUUUACAGACAAGCGAAUCGGUUAUCUGGGGGCCAUGCUGCUGCUAGAUGAGCGGCAAGAUGUACACCUGCUGAUCACGAAUUGUUUGAAGAAUGACUUGAACAGCUCGACACAGUUUGUGGUCGGCCUGGCGCUGUGCACAUUGGGUGCCAUUGCCUCGCCAGAGAUGGCACGAGAUUUGGCCAGCGAAGUGGAGCGUCUGAUGAAAUCCCCGAAUACGUACAUCCGAAAGAAGGCAACGCUGUGCGCCUUUCGUGUGAUUCGUCGGGUGCCCGAGCUGAUGGAGAUAUUCCUGCCGGCGACGCGUUCACUGCUCAGCGAGAAGAAUCAUGGAAUUUUGAUCACUGGCGUAACGCUCAUCACGGAAAUGUGCGAGAACAGCUCCGACACGCUAAUGCACUUCAAGAAGGAUAGCGGAAAUCGAGAGAUCGUCCCGAAUCUAGUGCGCAUACUGAAGAAUCUUAUUCUGGGCGGCUAUUCGCCAGAGCACGAUGUGAGCGGUGUGAGCGAUCCGUUCCUGCAGGUGAAGAUACUGCGCUUGCUGCGCAUAUUGGGCCACAAUGAUCCGGAUGCUUCGGAGGCGAUGAACGAUAUACUGGCACAGGUGGCGACCAACACGGAGACGAGCAAAAAUGUGGGCAACACCAUACUCUAUGAGACAGUGCUCUCCAUAAUGGAUAUACGCUCGGAGGGUGGCCUACGUGUCCUGGCUGUGAAUAUACUGGGACGAUUCCUACUCAAUUCGGACAAGAACAUACGCUACGUGGCACUGAAUACGCUGCUCCGCACUGUCCAUGCGGACACGUCGGCUGUGCAACGGCAUCGCACCACCAUAUUGGAGUGUCUCAAGGAUCCCGAUGUGUCCAUUCGUCGCCGGGCAAUGGAAUUGUCGUUUGCCCUGAUCAAUGCACAAAAUAUACGUACAAUGACCAAGGAGCUGUUACUGUUCCUCGAGAAGGCCGAUGCGGAGUUUAAGGCUCAAUGCAGUUCUGGCAUGAUCUUGGCCGCCGAACGCUAUUCGCCCAAUACGCGCUGGCAUUUGGACACACAGCUGAGUGUCCUGAUUGCCGCUGGGAAUUAUGUGCGCGACGAUGUGGUAUCCUCUACUAUACAGCUGGUCUCCAGCAGCCCUGUGUUGGAGCAGACAUACAUCACGAAUCGUUUCUGGGAAUCGCUGCAGGUGGCAAACCAUUGCGAGGAUAAGCAGCCAUUGUUGCAGGUUGCCGUCUGGGCCAUAGGCGAGUACGGGGAUCUCUUCAUGUAUGGCUCAAAUGAGGAUGAGUUUGAACGUCCCUCUGAGAGCGAUCUGAUCGCCAUGUAUCAUAAGUUUUUAACCUCUGCUCAAGUUUCGACCACAAGCAAGCAAUAUGCCCUGGUCUCCCUAGCCAAGCUAAGCACGCGUCUGCAGCAAUGCGUGGAGGAAGUCCAAGCUCUGAUCACCUCGUUUGGCAGCCAUCUCAAUGUGGAUCUGCAGCAGCGAGGCGUGGAAUUCACACAACUCUUUGGCCACUAUAAGCAUCUGCGUCCGGCGCUGCUCGAAAAGAUGCCGGCCAUGCAGAUCAGUCGCAUAAGCUCGCAGAAUGGCGAGAGCGGCGGCUCUUUCGAUGACAACAGUCCAGAUGUCAUCGAGAAUGGUGUGGAGGGAGGGGGCAACGUUGGUGUCGGACAUUCACUUAUCGAAAGCAAUAUGAAUAUGCUGGGUGACAAUACGAACAUUCUGCUGGAUCUAUUGGGCAGCACAGAUCUGUCGGCGGGCGCCAGUGAUCUGGUGGCAGCCACCGAUCUGUCCAAUGCCGUGCAUAAAAAGAACUCGCGGAAUGCCAAUGACAUUGGCGUGGCCGUGUCCAAUAACCAGGAUCUGUUGGAUUUACUUGACCUGGAUAUGACGGCGCCUGCGACUGUCACAGCGACGGCGCCAGGUGCGGGCGGUAUCAUGCUGGAUCAACACCAUACGAGUGCGGCCAACAUGAAUACCAUGCUGGGCGGCCUGGAUCUGGGUGGCUUUGGGGGUCUUGAUGGCUCUGGCAGCAUACCCAUAAAUGGCAAUGAUCUGGUGGCCAGCAUGCUGGGUAUUGUUUCCGCCGCCGCCGCAGCACCACCAGCAGCAGCAGCAGCGGAUGGCAAUGGCAGCAGUCUGCUGGGCGAUCUAAAUCCCACAGCAGCCUCCAACAAUGUGACAGUGCCACCGCAGGGACCCAAGCUGACGGCGCUGGACAAGAACGGUUUGUUGGUGCAACUGGUGCCGGUUACGGGCAAUGAUUGCAUGCGGAUCUAUAUGACGACCACAAACGGCUCAGACAAUACAUUAGAGCAAUAUUUGCUAAAGGCGGCCGUUCAAAAGAGUUUCCAGCUGCAAAUGCUGACGCCCUCGGGUAACCUGCUGCCGCCGGGCGGUGUUAUCACGCAGGAAAUGCGCGUUGUGGCCACAUCAAAUUCGGUAUUGCGUAUGCGUUUACGUAUUCAGUAUGCGCUCGAUGGCCAGCAGCUCGUGGAGCAGACGGAGGUCAGCGGCUUUCCAGAGCAGCAGCCAGGAACAGCGGAAUAAAAGAGUGUAACUUGUAUUAAAGCAAAAUUAGCCUAAUAUAUCUAAAAAGAAAAGGAAAACAAACGCAAAGAAACGGAAAAACUCAAAAGAGAAGAAGGAACAGAACAGAAACAGAAGCAGCAGGAAAUUAUGGAAAAACGAGCAACAAUUCUAAAAGCUAACACACACACACACACUGUGGUUGUCACACAUUUAUUGUAAAUUAAGUUAACACACACAAACACAAUCGAAACUAGAUUUCGGAUUGGCGCCCAGCGUUGCCAGACUGUUUUGUCUCCAGUCCAGCGCCCAAGCAAAAACGGGCCAGCCCUUUCGUAUUUGUUUGCUAAUUUAUUUAUAUAUAUACUGUACUACAUAGAUUUCUUGUCAGAUUUUAAAAAACACACACAUUCUUUGUCCAAUAACUUGUCCUAUUUUCUUGUGUUUGAGCAUUCUGUAUCGUGUGUAAUUUGUUUUUUGUGUGUGUUUAAAAGACAACUUUCAGUUUUAAUUUAUAAGACAAUAAAAGUCAAACCUUAUAAAUAGCCCCCCAGAAACUAAAGUAAACAGGCGACUAAAGAGAAAUUGUAUUAAAAAGCAUAAAACAGACAGACAACAAGAAGAGACGUAUCGGAAAUUGUGUAGCAAAAGGCAUUUAAGGGAAAAAGCUUAGCAUUUUAAAUGAAAUGAAAAUGGGAACGAGACGCGGUAUGAAAUGAAAUGUUGAAUGGCCAUUUGAUAAAGAAUCCAUAGAAGCACUUUGUUAAUUCUAUUUAUAAUGCAAUUGUGCCCCCAAAUGGUUUUUGUUGUUUUUUUUUUUUGAUAGAACAAUGUCGAAAAGGAACAGCG